AUCCACUUCUCCCGUGUCGCGUCGACCGAGCCAGGGAUGGCGAGGAAGUACGUGCGAGUGCAGGGCCAAGUCCAGAAGGUGAUGUUCCGUCAGACUCUAAUCCGAGCGAUGAUCAAGCGCGGCUUGACAGGAGGAGCGUCCAACAACCGCCAGCAAAGAGACGUUGUCGACAUCACUAUGGACGGUGAUACUGAUGUGAUUGACGACCUUGUCGAGGCACUGCGCACGACCAAGCCACUCAAUAGUUGGGGAGCACAAGUCGACACUAUUAAGGUGCUUCCAUCAGGCGUGGCAGUUGAUGCCCAUCAGGUCACAACCACCAACGUCGACGAUCGCUCGUGGAACCCGAAUGUCGAGAUGUACCUGUGAUAUUUGGUCUUGCCGACGUCAUGCGCAUGAAUGCAGGAUGUAUUUUUACUCUGGUACAGCUAUACGCCAUGGCACCGUGAACAGUGACAGGGUGACAGGAUCACUGGGAUUGAAUGCUCUCUCAGCCGGCAAAACUUAGUUCAACGUGUAUUCCGAA